AUGUCCGACAAUUGGAGAGUAUAUCCUCCUCCCUCACAGGAGUGUGGGCUCAAGAUUCAGAAUGUGAUUGUAACCUGUAUUUUGAACGUCUCUAAACUCGUCAUCGCCAUGUUCCUCAGCUCUGGUAUCUUCGUCAUCUCCGCCUCAAUCAUCCGUACCGCCCUCACUCUCGGAUCAAAACCGUCCACCCUAACCGUCAAUCGGUGGGGCAUCCGCGAAACAGUCGUCGGCGUCGCAACCGUGAACCUCCCUAUUCUGCGCCCUAUAUUCACGAAACGAUUCUGGACAUCCGGCCUCCAGGGCAGCUCCGGCGCACAAAACUACUACGAGUACCACACGCGGUCGGAGAAUUACAAUCUGACGUCACGGUCGAGAAAGGGGCAGAGGAAUGAUAGCACGACCGGGAUCAACACGACGAGCCAGGAUGGGAAAGACGACACAGGCGGAGUGUACGUUAGUACGAGCUAUAAUGUGCGCGUUGAGAGUCGGGGGACGCCGGAGGCGCAGCCUGUGGAUGGGCAGACGUUGGGGUUGAAUCCGAGCAGUGUGUGGGAGAUUGAUAAGAAGUCGAUGGUUUAG